CUCAACUGCCAUUGCUGCCAAACAUGGCUGUGCCCGUAGGUCCCAAAACAGAAGUUGCUCGUCCAUCCCUUUUUUCCAAAGACAAGACAUUCUCAGAUUCAUGCAGUCAUGCCAUACCCAAAAACCGCAACAAUUCCCUCCGGCACCUACGAAUCCUACACGGCUUCCCGCAUCGGCAUUCGCACGACGCUCUCCCGUCUGACCUACGCUAGCUUCUACGGAGUAUUACUCUUACUCUCUGCUCAUCUUUCUUUUGUUGCUCGAUUUAGGAGAGCAGAUUUAGCCCCCCCAGGAGGACGAUGGGCUUGCCUGUUCUGUUUUGACCAGCGACAAGUGCUUACUGGCGGCGCAUCGCUGGACAGGGCCAUCUCGCUGAUCCCCUAGGGGCCUGCAAAUAGGCAUCACGAGAUGGGCGGCAGGGACCGGCCUUUGCAUGGCAACGUUUCAGAUGCCGGUGUCGCCCUCUUUCUCUCUCUCUCUUUUUCUAUCUAUCUCGUCGUCAAGCUUAAG